ACGAAAUUAUACAUUCAGGGCUAAAGUACAACACUGAAGUGCAAUUUAACCGAAAUUUCACGACUUUGACUCCACAUCAUUGUUUUGGGGAGAAGAUGGGAUGCGGAAGUUCAACUGAGACGGAGGUGCAGCCGUUGGAGGGAGUGAGCGGGGACGAGGAUCAGAGAGACGGUAAGACCGGUGGCCGUGGAGACUCUGCUGUGUCAAAGGGCACGACGGAUAGUGGCGUGAUGAUGGAGCACAGAGACAUCUUGACUCUACCUGGAGCCGUGCCCAGUAAACUACCUCCUCUAACGUCUGAGAGCAUCGGAGAAAGGGAGGCGGAGAGAGACACACAAGACGCUACUGCUCCAGGCUUCCCAAAGCAGGACAGCUCAGUACAGGUGCGACCAAAGUCCAAAGAGAUUCUGGAGGAGCUGCUGAGUCAGGGGAUCAUCCCAGUAGGACAGAGCAGAGAAGGCAUCAUGCAGCUGGAUAACGGGGAAGGUUUGCUGCAAAAGCCUCCUGCCAGACUGGAGUCACUGAAGGCCAAAAAGGCUGAACAUCACUGGAGCAGAGAAGAGAUGGAAGAGAAGAUGAGUCCCGUUGAGGAAAGAUGCGAGUUAGGGGAAGAGAACUUCAAGAUGGGUUUAAGGACAAAGUCUGUACAUGUUCGUACCCCUGCUCUCAUAUCCAACACUGAGGAUGAUGUGGAUGCGUUCCUCACCCCUGUGGAGGCUCUACAGUCCCCCCCCAGCCCUGAAACAUCUCCAGCUCCAGAGCAGCGCAGUCCGGCCCCCCACAAGGCCACUGAGGGACGAGGAUGGGUCAGAUGGGCCGGCGGCGACGGCAGGGAGUGUGAGGACAAGGUAACAGGAGCAGGUGAUCCAGGAGCUGGAGAGGACGGGGAAAGUGCAGGCGAUGGUGAGGAAGAAGACGAGGACGUGACCCAGGUGGAGGAGCUCAAGGCAGGCGAGCUCCUAACAACGUCUGGAGAGGUGGACAGUGAUUCCAGCUUUUCUGCAGAGGAAAUAUUGUAA